AUGACGGCAAAGACGUUUGUGCUGUACCCGUCGCUGGGCGUCGGCCACCUCAAUCCAAUGGUGGAGCUGGCCAAGCACCUGCGCCGCCGCGGCAUCGGCGUCGUCGUCGCGGUGAUCGACCCGCCCGACAACGACGCAGCGUCGGCCGAGGCCACGGCGCGCCUCGCCGCGGCCAACCCUUCCAUCACGUUCCGCAUCCUGCCGGCGCCGUCCAGCCCGGACGUCGGCGCGCACCCGGUCAAGCGCAGCCACGACACGCUCCGGCUCGCCAAACCCGUGCUCCGGGAGUUCCUCCGCUCGCUGCCCGCCGUCGACGCCCUCCUGCUCGACAUGUUCUGCGUCGACGCGCUCGACGUUGCGGCCGAGCUCGCCAUCCCGGCCUACUUCUUCUUCUCCUCCGGGGCCGGCGCUCUUGCCGUGUUGCUCCAUCUCCCAUACUAUUACCCCACCGUGCCGUCGUUUAGAGAGAUGGGCAAGGAGGCGCUCCUUCGCUUUCCCGGCAUGCCGCCGAUCCGCGCCGUUGACAUGGUAGCGACGGUGCAGGACAAGGAGAGUGAUCCCACCAAGGUCCGGCUGUACCAGUUCAAGCGGAUGACGGAAGGGAGAGGCGUGCUGGUGAACAGCUUCGACUGGCUGGAGCCCAACGCCCUGAAAGCGCUCGCCGCCGGCAUCUGCGUGCCGGACAAGCCCACGCCGAGGGUCUACUGCAUCGGGCCACUGAUCGACGCCAGGAAGAAGGGGACGAGCGGCGGCGAGAGGCACGCGUGCCUCCCGUGGUUGGACUCUCAGCCGCGGCAAAGCGUCGUGUUCCUCUGCUUCGGCAGCAAGGGCGCGUUUUCGGAGCCGCAGCUGAAGGAGAUAGCUCGUGGCCUGGAGAGCUCCGGCCACCGGUUCCUGUGGGCCGUGAGGAGCCCGCCGGAGGAACAGAUCACAUCCCCGGAGCCGGACCUGGAGCGGCUGCUUCCGGCGGGGUUCUUGGAAAGGACCAAGGACAGAGGCAUGGUGGCCAAGAAAUGGGUGCCACAGGCGGAGGUGGUGCAGCACGAGGCGGUCGGCGCGUUCGUGACGCACUGCGGGUGGAACUCGACGCUGGAGGCCAUCAUGGCGGGGCUGCCGAUGAUAUGCUGGCCGCUAUACGCGGAGCAGGCGACGAACAAGGUGUUCAUGGUGGAGGAGAUGAAGAUCGCCGUGCCGCUCGACGGCUACGAGGAAGGAGGGUUGGUGAUGGCGCAGGAGGUGGAAGCGAAGGUGAGGCUGGUGAUGGAGACCGAGGAAGGGAGGAAGCUCAGGGAGAGGCUGGUGCAGACGAGGGACAUGGCACUGGAUGCCGUCAAGGAAGGUGGGUCAUCUGAAGUUGCAUUUGAUGAGUUCAUGACAGAUUUGGAGAACCCACUUCAUUAGUUUUGGAGGAAAAAUAAACCAUCUGAAUUCAUAAGGAAUAAUAUCUGUGGCCACGAGUGUCAUUUAGUUUGUGGGAUUAUACAAUAGAAAAACUGCAAAGUGUCAGGAGAACAGAUGAACUUUUACAUUCGCUAAAAAUUUAUAUGAACGUGUGCUUGUAUUAUAAAAUUUCUACAUUUUAUGUUUUUAUGAGUUAAAACUUCUCCAAACUAGACGAGCAAUGUACGUGACA